ACCAUGGAUCCCGGCAGUUUUGUUUUCCGGUCGUCCCGUGCACAAACUACGCGUUCAACACGCAUUCCUGAGAGGCCUCGCCGGCUAUGGACUCACUGUGCGUGCUGUCCUUUCGAAAUAGAUCGGUGUCAGCCUGCGCGAGGCAGCCAUCACUUAAUGGCGUGCAUACACCUUGGUGGAAUGAAGACGGGGAACGACCGGUAACAGCGAUCUGCGUAGUUCCGCAGCCUAAAUCUACAUGAUCGAUGCUGAAUACAAUGGGGCCGACCUUAUGCUUUCCACUGUCGCUGCGCCCUUGAGUGCACACAACCUGCUGAACACUUCGGAGACGACGACCCUUAUCCCAGGUGGCCUUAACGACUGUUCUGUGUGGAAUCACCUCCCGGUAUUGAACCAACGCUUUGUAUUAUUAUUAUUAUUUUACUUUCAUAUGACUGCUUAUAUAUUGCCAAUGAAGCGCGUCAACGAUGAUCCAAGCGCACUCGAUGACUACCCACACAAAACUGUUCAAGCGCGAGGCCUUUCUUAAAGCGACAACUGCAGAAGAAACGAUUAACAAAAGGAGCACACGAUUUUCUUAGAAACGUGCUCGAGUGCAUUCAAAAUUUUCCUGCAUAUGGCACCAGCACGGUGUUUAUGACGCACCGUGACACCAGCGGGACUUCUUCGAAAAGAACGAAUAGAAGAAAAUUAACGGCAUUAGCCCAGGAUACGCGACAAUGGCACUACUUAGAUGUAGAAGAGCGCUGAAGCUGCAGAUUGCGUGCAGUGCGUUAAAAACAUGGAAGGGACAUCUCGAUUUCCUGGUGCUUAUGGGAUCUUCGUGAACCUGACGUGAGUUGUGGCUGCUAUAGCUCUGGGGACUCUGAAGACAGAGAGGAGAGAGCUCGAAGGAAUGACAUCACAGGUCCAGUGUGUUUUCAAUCCUGGUGUUUAGUGGGGAAGCCUGCAUCGUCAGCAACAUUGCGAGCGACCGCAGGACGCCAGCCGCAUCUUCGCCGUAGACAGCGGAUCCUUGAUUUGAAUCAGUGUUCCGUGCAGCACUGUUUGUUUUAUGAAAACGUAAAAUCGCGUCACUCAGCUGUUGCCCGAGGUUUCCUUGUCUACAGCGAAAAUCUUUGCUCGAUCCUCCACAGUAGUGAUGCAAAAGAAGAAAAAAACUAGUGUUACGUGGGAUGGUGCUAUCAACGAUGUACGUAUUUAUUGCGCAGAGCCAGUGAAACAUCUACAAGGCAUAGGCUUGACUCAUCGACUGUAAGUCACGUCUUUGUGAACGCCAGCGUAAGUAACUCGGGCAACCGAAACGACUCAAAUAGCACAGAUAUGGAACCGCGUGCUCCAGAUGCCUCGUGAGGACCUGUGAAACCGCUGCCUUUUAGCGCACACAUAUUUCGACCGUUUCUUUUGUUCACGUUUACACACACUGAGAGUAGUUUCUAUGUUUCCUGGCCGCUAACGUUGUACGCACACCUCUUUAGUCCUUUGAAGCGCUUUACGAUGGACAGAGUCUUGGCUCUGACUGUAAUGUGUCUGUGCCACCUCCUUGUGUGCACGUUUAACUAGCAAGGAGAAGACGGAAACAAAGAUAGCAGGCAGUCUAGUUGCGCAAAGAUGGCGGUGUACCUGGACUGCCGCCUGGAAGACCCGGCUCUGUCGUCCGCUGCGAAGACCCGACUGUCUUGCUACAGCAGAGGGGCCCUGUUCGCGGUGGCCUUCCGCGACAGGGACACAGGAGGCGUGCGUCUAAUCUCCGAAGAUGGCGCGCCGCUGCCCAGCGAACUGCCUCGCAAGCAGGGAGCACAGGUGAGCGCCCUGUCGUGGCACCCUUGGGCGCCGCUGCUGGCGCUGGGGUGGGACAGCGGCGAGGUGUGCGUGUGGGACGAGCGCCGGGCGGCGCUGCACGAGCCGCAGACGCAGCACAAGCGCGCCGUGGCCCGGCUGCUGUGGAACGGCGCCGGCACGCGGCUGGUGUCCAUCGACGCCGUCGGCACCUGCAUCGGCUGGAAGGCGGCCGGCGGCGCCGCCUCCUUCGCCACGGCCUUCUACCACGAGCUCAGGGACUCGCUCGCCGAUCUGGCCUUCAGGGACCACCGGAGAACAAGACGCGCGGGCACGCCGAACCGCGCCCCGGCGCACGAUGUCGGCGAGGAGGAAGUGUUCCUGCCGCCUGAGUGGAACGAGCAGCCCUCUGAAUUGGCGGACAACGAGGCAGCUUCCAAUGACUUUUACGUGGGCUCAACGACGGGAGUAAUCUACUUCGUCAGUGAGAACGGGAGCUGCGGCGACGUCUACCAGAUGGACGCAGGCGUCGCCCGUCUUCUGCACGACGUUUCCAGAGACGCGCUCGUAGUCGUCACUGACACGUUGACCCUUGCUCAGUUUACCAUCGCAGACGACGGGUCGCUGUCAGAGCAGAGCCGUUUCAAAAUUAGCGGCCAUGGUACAGACAUGGCGGUCGCGUGGGUUCAGGACGGAGUCAUUGGCAUAGCGGCCGGUGAAGCCAGCGUUCGCUUGCUGAACCUCGAUACCGGAGAGACCACGGUGCUCUCUCUUCCAGACGCGGACUACGGCGAAGCAGUGUCGUGUAUAGCCGCAGAUGCUUUCGGAAGGACCCUGAUCGUCGGCACGAACCGCGGCCGCGUCGUCGUGUGGACCCUGACCGAAAAUGCCGUGGGCACUGCACAUUGGCGGUCGCAAUUGGCCGCUAGUUUGCGUAGCCCCCUGCGAGAACUGGCGUGGUCCGAGACUCACCGGAUCGCCGGCACCCUAACGAGUGAGGAUAUGUUUCUCCUGGUCGAGCAGGAAGCUUGCUUCAGUUUUCGGGAAGGCUGCCUCGCUCUUCAAACAGCCGCCAAACAAGUAUUUGUGGACGGUGUCUCCAGCAACAGUCAGAUAAUCCUGCAAACCGAAAUACCUGUCAAGUCUCUAUUCGUCAGUCGGCACCACAUCGCCGUGUCCAACGGAAAGCGGCUGUUCUUCUACGAGACGCUGCCGAGUAGUAAAUCAGCCAAGUUCUUAGGAGCUAUGAACACGGCUUCUUCGCUUAUUGGACUGCACGACGCGAGCGUCUACCUUGUGGAAAACGGCAAGCUCAACGCCAAGACCUUUCAGGGCAUCCUUAAGCAAGCGAUCCCUGUCUCGGAAGACGACGUGAGUGCAGUGUGCCUCGACAUAUCGGGAAUCUUUCUCGCACUUGGCUUAUCAAACGGACGCGUUCGCGUCUGGGACUUAAGCAGGCGGGAGGCUAAACUUCACGCAGAGCUAAAGACAACGCUAGUUGCCAAGGGGCAUGAUGUGCCGCACAGAAUUUCUAGCAUUAAGUGCAACUGCACCGGAAAUAAAGUGAGCCUUCUCGUUAUGGAGGACAGCGCGCAACAUCUGAGUACACGACGCGAAGGCUGCAUUCUUUACGUAUGGAGCAUAGAAGACGACUCAGUGUUCCAAUUCAAUUUCGCGACCGGCGAAAGCACAAAAGGAAAAGGUGACAGCGACUCGCCAUCCAGUGGCACCGUACGCGACCGAGCUCCGAUUUCUCAUUACUGGGACGAAACCGACCCUAGACUGCUCGUUUGCGAAGCUCGGAGUACCCCAGGUGGACGUGUGAAAAACAAUGCGCCGGGAAAUCAAGAGCCACACGUCGUGGUGGUAUCCCUGUUUGUAACCACAGAGCACGGCAUUUUGGAGCAAGAUGUCUUCCCGCUUGACGACAAAUUCAGACUGAUGGGCGUGCAGGUGCCUUUCUUUUACCUUUUGGCCAAGCAUUCUGGGGACGUCAACGAGCCAGGCGCAGCUGAGAGAGCUCCUGGUUCAAAGCAUGUCUUCCGGCUUCCGAUGCGAGAUUUCGUCGGCUUUCAAGACUGCGACGAUACCGUCCGCGACGCUAUCAUGACUUUCAGCUUCUUCAUGACGCUGCGGGACAUGGACGAGGCUUUCAAGGCCAUAAAGUCCAUAAAAAAUGAAGCAGUAUGGGAGAACAUGGCGAAGAUGUGUGUGAGAACCAAGCGGCUUGAUGUGGCCAAGAUAUGCCUCGGAAAAAUGGCUCACGCGCGUGGGGCUUGGUCCCUGAGACGAGCCAUGGAGACUGAGCCCGAACUGGAAGCGCAAACUGCCAUCUUGGCACUCCAGCUCGGCAUGGUCCAGGAGGCGGAGGAAUUGCUCUACAGCUGCGGUCGCUACGACCUGUUGGUCAGGGUUCUAGAAGAUUCGGGUCAGUGGGAGCGAGCCGUAGACGUCGCUCGACAGCACGACCGAAUUCGUCUCCGGGCCACGUACCACAACUACGGGAAACACCUCGAGGCGUCUGGCGACGUCGAGAAAGCGGUGGCAGCGUAUGAGAAAGCCGAUACGCACCUGUUCGACGUGCCUCGCAUGCUGUUCGACGAUCCGCAGGCGCUAGAGCAAUACGUUCGCGCCAGCGGAAGUCCCGACAUGAUGAAGUGGUGGGCGCAGUACAUGGAGAGCAUCGGCGAGAUGGAGGCGGCGUUGCAGUUUUACGAAGCCGCGCAGGACUACCUGUCGCUGCUGCGUGUGCAUUGUUACUUCGGCAACGUGGACAAGGCGUGCGACAUCGCCAACGAGACGGAAGACCGGGCGGCGUGCUUUCACCUGGCGAGGUACCUGGAGAACCAGGACAACGUGCUGCAGGCGGUUCACUUCUUCGCGAGGGCGCGCGCGUUCGGCAACGCGAUUAGGGUCUGCAAGGAGAACGAGAUGGACGACCAGCUGUACACCCUCGCUUUGCAAGCAACGCCCAAAGAAGCGCUUGAGGCGGCCCGCUACUUCGAGCAGCGCCAAGAUGGUCUCGAGAAAGCGGUCACCCUCUACCAGCAUGGAGGAUGGGCUUCCAAAGCGGCUGAACUGGCUCUCCAGGCCGGGGACCUAGGCGCGCUGCAGCAGGCCGCCCAAGAGCUGGGCCCCAACGCCGACCCGGUCCUUGUGCGCACCACGGCCGACCGACUGGCGGCCACCGGAAAGCACGACCAGGCCGUGCUGCUCCUCGCGGCCAGUGGGCAGAGCGAGGCCGCGCUCCAGCUGUGCGUCCAGUCGAACGUGCUCAUCACCGAGGAGCUCGCCGAGAGGCUUACCGAAGGAAUUGCCACCGACGAUAAGGCUAAGCUCCGUGGAGUCCUCGAGAAAAUCGCCGAAUGCUGCCUUAAACAGGACAACUACCACCUGGCAGCCAAGAAGUUCACCCAGGCCGGCGACAAAGUCCAGGCCAUGAGGGCGCUCCUCAAGUCCGGCGACACACGUAAAAUAGUGUUCUUCGCAAACGUGUCCAGGCAGCGAGAAAUCUACGUCCUGGCCGCCAACUAUCUUCAGUCCCUCGACUGGCAACGAGACGGUGACGCGGCCAAGAACAUAGUAUCUUUUUACACCAAGGCCAAGGCGUUCGAUCUGCUGGCCAGCUUCUACGAGUCCUGCGCGCGGGCCGAGAUCGAAGAUCGUCGAGACUACGAAAAGGCCCUAGCGGCCUUGAACGAAGCUCACGAGUGUCUCCAGCUGUGCGGCGACUCAAGAGACGCGUCCAAGGCAGUGGCCAGGGUCCACGGCUACAUGGACGCCGUUCGAAAGUUCCUCGCCAUCCAGGAACUGUACGCGGACAGUCCGCUCGAAGCGGCAGCUCAAUGCGAAGCCAUCACCAAGCUGAAUUUGGAACCGGCCGUGCGGAAGGGAGACUUGUUUGCGUUCCUUGUUCAGCACUACGUAAGCGAAAAGGACUACGCCGCGGCGAGGCGUUGUCUGCAGGAGCUGCAGGCAGCCGUUCCUGGAGUGUCGGUGUCCGACUACGUGGACGCUGACAUUUUGAGGCUCGUCGGUUGGAGCUCGGAUGACCGGCGCAGUCUUCAGCAGAUGUCGCUGCUCGCGAGGCACGCCGCUGCCAGCAAUGGCGCCACCACGGAGGAAGACGAAAAUCGCUACAGCUCGGACGGAGAGGUGCAGGAGGAACUGUCCGACGCACCUUGAACAUGUUGGUAGGCAGUGGCGACACUUCGGCCAGCUGUAUGCCGACUCUACGCGCAGCGUUUUUUGUUUGCUUCUAUUUUUUUACUCCCUAUGUACUCAAUCAUUUGCUGGUCUUUCCCUGACUGCCGCAUUGAGCAAGAGUGACGCAAUGAAGUUUGUGUUGACAGGCGUCGUGACAGUUGGACGCUAGUAUCGUCAUUUCCGUCCGAGCUCCUCUUACGGGUUCACUAAAAAGCUGAGCAAUAUUGCAAAUAAAAGCCACAAAACUGCUAUA